AUGGACACCCUACCGACAGAGCUCCACAAGGCCAUAUUUGACAAUCUAGGGAAUGACCUAGAAGAGCUAUUCCGAAUCCGUUACCAUAUUAGGCAUUCAAGGGAGCUAGUCAAGGAGAACCAAAACAAAAUCUUCGGAGUGUUUUCCACACUCUUGAAUCUAUCACUUACGAAUUCCUAUUACGAGUACCUAGCAACGCCAAUACUGAAAUUUUACCUGGCGGCUAUGUUAAAAGAGGUCAAAUUAGCGCCAUGGGCAUGGCGUAAGCAACACCGUUCCAUAAAGCCCACACGAUCGAACGGAUUCUACAGAUAUCUCCUAUGGAACUAUGUGGACAGCAUUGCAUAUCUGGAUCGCCGCUUUCGACCCUGGGCAGUGCGAAUGACAGCUCCCGAGUAUCCCCACCGUGUCACGGUCAUGGCAAAGAGACCUGGACGGUCUGGUAUGGAAGGAUUUCCCCUCGAGCUCAUGACUAUAUUGUAUAUACUGAAACGACUUAAUUCAAAAAUAUUGCGGACUAGGUACCACGGAGACACCAACGAGAUCGAAAUUGCGACAAAAGACAUGGCUGAUAGGAUGGCUCUAAUAGAGCGAGGAACAAACGACAAACUCCUCAAUUUUCGUCAGAUGGACCGCGCGAUGGAAGCAGAUAAGGAAAAUGAUUUUCGAAAUGUGCUUACGAUCUUCCGUAAGGCUGUUGGCUUGGAGAUCUGA